AUGGCCAUCAAGGUCAAGAUUGCUGACAUAAGGACCGUUUUCCUGAACUUGCUGAUGUGUGUGGUGAUUUUCUAUGCUGUGUAUUUUACUGCUGUCCGCUUGUGCAUUGGCGGAUUCAGGAUUGAAGACAUUGAUAGCCUUUUGGCUCCUUUUGACUUUAAAACAAGUCCAUCAUGGACCAAUUCAAAAUAUGUGGUGAAUCUGAUUUCAGCAGAGGUCACUUUCUUUAUAAGUGGACUGAUGUUUGCUUUGAUUGUAGAAGAGUGGGUUUGGGACUAUGCCAUAACAGUCACCCUCAUUCAUAUUGGCCUGACCACAGUAGUGAUGUCUGAAUUCCCAUCAGCAGAUCAUUGGUGGAUUUCUAUAGGCUCUGGCUUGUCAGUAAUGGUUUUUGGAGGACAACUUCUUGCAUACAAGUUAUUCAAGAACAAUUUUAUUUAUCCAGUUCUGGAAGACUUCUAAUACAACAACUAGCUUUUUUUUACUCACAUUGUUCUUUAAUAUUGUAUGUUCU